GCGUGAACCUGGAGCCAGGAAGACAGCCAACCUCGUCUGUUCAUUUGCAUCUCGCCCAGUUUGUUGGUGACUGCUUGACUGCUGUUACUGAAAACUCGACUGUAGCCUACCGGAGUUUAGCACUAUAACAUAUUUCAAAUAGCCUAGGCUAUAUGUAAAUGAUGUGUCUGUGGAUUAUAGUAUUUAUGUCGUUAUGCUACGCACUGGCAGGACAAGGAUUUCGGCAACCAUCUGUGCAGGGGUGUUGUAAGGAUGGGAGGGAACGUGCUCAAGAGCGCCAAGACUGUACACUUCUCCCUGUAAUAUCCAGGCUCACCAGCUGCAGGAUUGCCCAAGAGCAGUGCUGCGUGGCAGCCGUGGAGGACCUGUUUUGCAGCAAAGGCACACGCCAGGCUACAACAUAUGAAACCUGUGAGAUGGAUUUCUUUAGUGGAAAUGAUGUGGAAAGAAGAAUUGCCAAGACAUGCUGUGACUGUUGCAUGCUGGGUAUUGAGGCUAGCCGAGAGGCCCAAAGCUGUUACCUAAGCAUUUCUGUUAACAAGCACUGUCAGCAGGUAGCUAAAAACUGCUGUGUGAAGCUGGACAACACCCCCAGCCAAGAAGAAGGAACCUCUGAAAAUGAACAAAGCAGAGCACCAUGUGAAGGGUCAAAGUGCUCUCAGUUAUGUGUUGGAAAUGGGGUCUGUGGAUGCUUUGUGGGUUACAGACUCAAGCCAGAUGGAUUCAGCUGUGAUGAUGUAAAUGAAUGUCUGGUUGGCUCCUCGACUUGCCAGCAGGGGGAGCAGUGUAUCAACACAGAGGGCUCGUUCCGCUGCCAGAGAAUGGCUAGCUGUGGGACAGGCUAUGAGCUCACAGAUUCCAAUCUGUGCAAAGAUAUUGAUGAGUGCUUGACUGGAACCCACAACUGCGGUCCUGAGUUUCGGUGUGAGAAUAAACCAGGGUCCUUCAGCUGUCUACCCCACUCACGGUGUGAGAAGGGAUACUUACAGGAUGCUGUGGGAAACUGCAUUGACAUAAAUGAGUGUGUGACUCUGGAGAGCCCCUGCCAGCCAGGUCAGACGUGUGUUAACACAUUGGGCUCCUAUACCUGUGAGAGGCACAGAGUGACAUGCUCACGUGGCUAUCACCUAAAUGAAGAUGGCAGUCGGUGCUUAGAUGUUGAUGAGUGCAAGAGCUCCCAGCCCUCCUGUGAAGGUCAUGGCUGUGUGAACCUGCUGGGCUCUUUCCGUUGCGAGUGCCAACCAGGCUUUAUAUUUAACAGCAUCAACAAAGUAUGCGAAGAUAUUAAUGAGUGCAGGCACUAUCCAGGACAGCUUUGUGCACACAAAUGUGAAAACACCCCUGGGUCCUACCAGUGCAGUUGUGAUACAGGAUUCAGGCUGGACAGUGAUGGCAGGAACUGCAAGGAUGUGAACGAGUGUGAAAACAAUCCCUGCAACCAGGAAUGUGCUAAUGUCUAUGGCUCCUAUCAAUGCUACUGUCGUCUUGGCUACCAGCUUAGUGACUCUGAUGGGGUUACAUGUGAAGAUGUGAAUGAGUGUGUCCUAACCCCUGGAGGGAAGGUCUGUUCCUAUCAGUGUUCAAACACAAUGGGAAGUUUUGAAUGCUCAUGCCCUGCCACAGGCUACACCCUGGCACCAAAUGGCCGAUCAUGUCAAGACGUUGAUGAGUGUGCAACUGGAACACACACAUGCCAUGCUAGCGAGACCUGCUUCAAUAUACAGGGUGGUUUCCGUUGCCUGUCCUUUGAGUGUCCUCCAAACUUCCGCCGCAUUGCUGAAAACCGCUGCGAGCUCUUACCUUGCAGAGGGCCGCGCGAGUGCCUAUCUCUCCCCUUGAGAAUCUCCUUCUACAACCUCACGUUUCCUACCUACCUCUCAGUACCUGCUGACGUCUUCCGAAUGGGACCCUCUAAUUCCACACCUGAGGACAACAUCCAACUUGCCAUUGUAGCAGGCAACGAGGAGGGCUACUUCAGUGCUCAGAAACAGGGCUAUGGGGGGGUAAUAUCCCUGCAGAGGACUCUGACCCAGCCAAGGGAUUUCCUGCUCAGUGUAGAGAUGAGGCUGACACGCUAUAGCACUGCCAGCCUCUAUCUGGCCAAGAUCGCUGUGUUUGUUACUCAUGGGCAACCUGUCCCACCCAUCAGGCUGCCAUAAUGAGAGAACAGCAAGUGUAUGUUUUAGCAUAGUCUUGAUGGCAAGGAAUACUAUGUGGCCUUGUGAAUGCUUGAUGCCUGAUGAUACUCUAAAUAAUUGUGCUGUAUGAUUACUUCCAGAGGUGGAGCAUAGAAAAUAUUCCCUUAUGCAAUCGAUUUUCUUGACAGAUGUUUUGAGUUUCAAAUGUUGCUGUCUGUCCUAAAGCUUGUUAUAAUGAUUAAAGUUCCUUUUGAGACAUGUC